CAGGCCAUUAUCUUCUGACUAAAGGGUGCUGGCAUCAUUGACGCUUUUUUAUUCAUGCUACCUGAAGAUGCUCUCAUGUUGCUGAUAGCAGGAUGGAGACAGCCUGGCUCAGUGUUACGUGUUAUUGAGUUAAUUUAACUGCAAAUGCUUACUGCAAACUGAAGGUACACCUUUCCAUUUCCUGAAACGUGGUCAUCUGUGUUUGUUUUAUGCUUUCAGGUAUAUGACCGCACUGACAGACUCUGAUGAUGAAGAAGAGCCCAGUGAUGCAGAACAGAGCGAUGAAGAAAAACCCGUAGACACGCUCUGUGUUCUUCUGGAGAGGAUCGAGCUUUUGCACCAGGGUACAGACUCUGAAAAAAGAGAAAGUCUACAACUCCUUCUGGAGAACAGAGAUGAGUUUGGACAGAACUCAUUAUUUCUCUGGCGGCUGAUCCGAGCGUACUGUGAUGUCCAUGAUGUCAGCUCCACUCUGGAGGAGAAGAAGACCCAUGCAGAAGCUGGUAAUCUACUGAACCAUGUGAUGCACCUCAUUCACCAAGCAUACCACUCUAGAUUGUAGUUACUAUAACAUCAUAACCAAAGCUGGUGUAUACUGUAUUUCAUCUGGUUAAUGCAAAUAUAAUGCAAAUCUAUAUUCCUCCAGUCAGACAUUUGCAGUAAUUAGAGAAACAUCUUUGGUUGUAAAUCCAUCCCAGUGGGCUC